AUGGCGAAAGCCGCUAUUGUCACUUGUCUGUUUACUUUAUUAAUUUACUCCACAACUGCAUACAAGAAGGAAUGUGCAGUCGGUCCAGAAUACUGGUGUCGAUCAUUUCAAACGGCACAAGAUUGUGGUGCACUACGUCAUUGUACUGAUACUGUUUGGCGUUACGAUUCAAAGCACACAAAUGUUGAAUCGACAAUUGCCUGUAACUGGUGUCAAAAGAUCCUUGAAAGCGCUCAUAAAGAAAUUCAACAUUUAGCCAGUGAUGAAAAUUUAAUCCAGUCAUCGUUAGUAAAAGCAUGUGAUUUAUUUCCAGUGACAAGCAUUUCAACAAAAUGUAAAAAUGUCCUUGGAAACUAUGGCACAUCAGUUGCAUCGUUAAUGAAAAACAAACGUUAUACUACAUUGUGCCAUUUGAUGGACAUUUGUUUGAUUGAACCGGUAACUGAAGAAUCAACAACCGAAAAGCCAAUGCUUCUCGGACAGAACCGAUGUACAUGGGGCCCAUCGUAUUGGUGUUCAUCGUUGAGUAAUUCCCGGGAAUGUAGCUCGAUUGAACACUGCUCGAACCGAGUUUGGUCUCAACAAGCCAUUCAAAAGAAACCAAAUGACAAUAUUUGUCAAUAUUGUGAAUUUACCAUACAAAAACUACGUACGAUCGUUCAAGAAAAUAAAACUGAAAUGGAUGUUGAAAAAUGGUUAUCCGGUGCGUGUUCAAUGCUACCAACAAAAGAAGCCAUCGAUGAAUGUGUACAAAGAAUGAGCCGAUAUGCUCAUGAAAUUCUUGUAUUGGUUCAAACAAAUAUCGAUCCUGGUGUUAUCUGUCAUUUGUCACAUAUGUGUAAGGAGGCUACACUGACAACACGUGUGACAAUUGAUGCUGAAACAGAGGAAGAGAAGAAAAUCAUCACAUUCGAAGAUGAAGAACCAAAACCCGUACCGAUCGAUGAACAAUCUAAAAUGUUAUGCAACGUUCUUGUUCGUGCCACACAUGAACUCCAUGUUAAUCAACAUAAAAAUCGCGAUGAGAUUCAAUCGUUUUUGAAGGAUGAUUGUCAAAAACUAUCAACACCAGAACUCGUGCAGAAAUGCAGAAAUAUCGUUGAGAAACAUGGUAUUAACAUUUAUGGACAUGUUGCUAGCAAUAUUGAACUGUCAAAAGUCUGCGAUUAUUUGAGCGAUUUUACUGAUCAUUCUACUUUACAAGCCCUGCCUAAUGUACAUUGUGAAUUAUGUACAUUUGUUUUAUCAACAGCCAAAUAUAUGCUCGAUGCAGAACAUACUGAUGAUAAAGUACUUCUUUACAUUGAUGAACAAGUUUGUUCGCGUUUGACUGGCGUAGCAAAGAAGGAUUGUAAGGAUAUCAUCGAAACGAAAGCCCACGAUUUGAUUGAUAGCAUCAAACGUGGAACAAAACCAAUGUUACUUUGCACCCGUUUUCAUGUCUGUAUUAAUGAUGUCAUGGCAAAGACAAGUCCCAUUCAAAAAAAUGACAUGGAUGCAUUUCUCAAACAAAACAUGUGUGAUAAACUCGGUUCAUUCAAAGAUGUCUGCAACGCAUUAGUUGACAAAGAUGGCAACCGCUUCGUACAAGCUCUUUUCAAUGAUAUGGAAGGCAAAGAUCUGUGUCGUAUGUUUGGCAUUUGUCCUCAACGAAUGUCGUUCCUGGACAAUCUGGCUAUUGACGAUGACAAAAACAAGUGUCAACGAUGCGUUGAUGAUUUCACACGACGAAAGCAUAUUGCCGAGAAACUUGUGAAUCAUUCAUCGGAAUUUCUUCGUCAUCUUUGUGAACAACUACCACAAAAAGAUGAGUGUGUCAAGACUGUUGAUGAAUCAUUGAGUGCGUUGGUUAAUUUCGUUCGAUCAUUGGAUCCAAAACAAAUCUGCGUUGAUUUGAAGUUUUGUGAUCAAUUGAGUGCAGAUCGAUGUAAACCAACGGAAAUCAAUCCAUCAGAUAAUGUUCUUAAUCUUGUAUUGCCUCUGAACAAGGAUUCCCUCAAUUGUACUUUGUGUAAAUUGGCUUUUGAUUCGAUAAAAAGAUCAUUGACAAGAAAUUCAACAGAGAAGGAAAUCAUCGAAUACAUGAAAACAGAAGUUUGUUCAAAGCUCGGUUCCCUAUCUGAAAUGUGUAAGAGAACCAUGGACGCUGAAGGCCCAGCUAUACUCGCCAUGAUCGCGAAAGAUAUUGAUCCAAAGAAAGUUUGUGCAGAAAUGGGCAUUUGUGUAUCAAGUUCAUCAUUCGAAAAUUGCAACGAUAAAUGUGAAUGCUGCAUGAACAAGGUCGAAAUUCAUGAAGUGCAAGUUGCUACAUUCUUGCGAGGAACGGUUGAAAGUAUCAAAACUUUGUGUCAACGUAUGCCAACAUCGGAUAAGUGUUCGGAAACAACUGCACGAUUGGAUGCAAAUGUUAACAAAUUAACUUCACAAUUUAAUUCGAAACGCGUGUGUCAAUUAUUAGACCAUUGUACAUCGUCAUCGCCUGUUGUCAUUGAAACAUUGUCCCAAUGCCAAUCACGCAUAGACUCCAAAAAACAAUUUCUUCUUUCGUCGAUCACAACAAUUAACAAAAAUCUUAAAUCACUAUGUGAAUAUAUCCCAUGGAAUAAAGAUUGUUACUCCAUCAUUGAUCGUUCAACCUUGGAUGUCACUGAGAAACUUUCACAACUGAAUACUGAAACACUUUGUGCAUCUGGUCAAUCUCUGACUACAGUUGUUUGUCCAUCAAACAGUCCAUUCGAGAAAUUGUGCCAGCAAUUAGUCGAAUCUGAUGAAAACAAUGCACGCAUGGAAGGUUUAUUCAAAUCACUGUUCAAUGAAAAUGGACACAUCGAACAAGAAUUAUGCGAACUUGAUCGAGCAUCCAACUGUAAACCAUCAGUCAAUGUUGACAACUGCAAAGACAAAUGCGAUUGUUGUAUACAAUUCUAUUCAACAAAGAAAGAUUAUGAUUUGAAGAUGAUUGAGUCUUUACGGACUGGACUUUUAGCUACAUGCGAUUGGAGCUUAACUAAAGAUUACUGUGUUUCAUGGUUCAACCGCGUUUGCGAUCGAAUGCAAGCCAAAGUUAAUGAAUUUACUCCAGAGACCUUCUGCAAACAAAUGGGUUUCUGUCCUGUUCAACAACAUCAGCAACAAGAAUGUAAAAUCGAUGGUGACAAAUGUCAAUGUUGUACCAAUCGGUUGAAUUCUCGACAAGCUAAAUUCCGAACAACGUUAAACGAAGUUACCAAAGCACUUCUCUCUCAAUGUACGGAUGAUGAUUGUCGCUCGAUGGUUCAAAAAGCACAAGAACAAUCAUUGAAUCAACUGAGUAAAUUCAGUUCUCAAACCUAUUGUCAACGCUAUGGUUACUGUGCAGCUGAACAUUCCUCUCAAGCAACAGGAUACCUUUCACAUCUAUUACUGAACUCAAACCAUCAUAUCGGCUCAUCAAUUGAAGCUUUGGAUCAACGUUUGGAAGCCGGUUUGAAAAGUGAUGUCUGCUUCCAAUUCGGACAAUUGAGACCAAUGUGCGAACAUUUCAUCGCAUCACCGCAAGCUCAUCGAUAUGCUUAUGCUUACACGGCUUUAUUAGCUAAUAAUCCUAAAUUGAUUGAUGAUGACUUACGUGAACAAAUGGCUACAGGUGUACAUGCUGAUGUUUGUCAAUCAUGUAAGAACGCAGUUCAAUCAUCGAAAGAUUUCUGGAUCAGCUCUUUGGAAUCUAUUCGUGAUGUGCUUCUUCGCACUUGUGAACGUUGUUCAGCAAAAGAUCAAUGUCGCGAUUUCUACAACCGACGCUUUGACAAUUUAAAAUCCUAUGUCGACAGUAUUGAUCCAACGCAAUUCUGCCAAAACAUUCGUCUUUGUUCUUCAUCACACCGUAUGACUGAAACAGAUAAAUGUACUACAUGUAUAGAACGUCUGCAACAACGGAAGGAUGUUAUUCUACGUGGUAUUGAUCGCGUUGCCAACUAUUUCGAUGAUCUAUGUCAGCGCUUUGCUGGCCAACAAUGCCAAGUAUUCGUCAAACAAAUUCAAAAUUCAUUCGAAGAAUCUGUCAAACAAUUUGAUCCUAAACAAACAUGUAGCGCUAUUGGUUUCUGUUCAUCAACGAGCAACAUGGAUUUUGACAAAUUCGAAAAAUUCUUAGAAGAUGAAUUGGAUAAGAAUGUUUGCUCAACACUUGGUCCGUUUGAAACAUUGUGCAAACAAAUGAUCCGAGGAAAUCGAAAGCAAAUCGAAACAACGAAAAUUAAUUACAACAUCAGAGAUUUAAUGCAGAUUGGCGAAAAGAAAACAGCCAAUUUCUUCACUGCUGCACAUCUCAAUGAAUGUAGCCGUGAUAAAUGUCAAUGCUGCGUCGAUAGUAUCAACCAAAAGAAAGAGUGUGCCAAGGGCACUGUUGACAAAGUCAUUGCAGUAUUUAUUCGCGCCUGUGACUAUUGCCCGUCGAAAGAUCAAUGUCGUAAAUAUUGGCAAGACACAGAAAAACAAGUUGAUUCAUGUAUCGAUGAUGUUGACGCUAAGCAAUUUUGCACACGCCUUGGCUUCUGCAAUGUCUCAAGUCUAUGUGCCAAUAUGGGUGCUUUUCAACAAUCUUGCGAAGAAGUCCUAAAUACCUUUACACAUUCGCUUCAACAUGAUCAACAAACAUUGGAAAAACAUUUACCACAUACAUCCGUUGUCGUGCUACAUAAGAAACCUGAGCCAGAAGUAGUCAACGACUCCAACUCAACUUGUAUUCUCUGCGAAUACGUUAUGAACAUUCUUUCGAAUUACAUUCAUCAAAAAUCGACUGAAGAAGAAAUCGAACAAAGCCUUCAGAAAGUUUGUAACGACAUGCCAGCAACACUUCAAAAACAAUGUCAUGAAUUAAUCGAUAACUACGGUCCACCAAUCAUAGCAACACUCAUUGGUCAUUUCGAUCCAUCAACAGUCUGUCGAAGUCUUAAUCUAUGCACCAAACAAAUGAAAGUCGAAAUGUCACACAUUACCAAAGCUAGUCAAGCGACCUGCGGUAUUUGUGAUUAUGUUUCGACAUAUAUUAAUUUUGCAUUGAAACGCGACCCAAGUGAUCAAUCGCUUGAACAUGCGUUGUCUACUGUUUGUUCACACUUAUCAACGGAACAAACAUCGCAAUGUCAAAUGCUAGUUGAACUGUUUCGACCACAUAUUCGAACAUUAGAACUUCAUUUGGGUAGCAAUUUCUGCAAGCAAUUAACUAUUUGCCAAACAGAAAAGGAUCAAACUAGUACAGUUCAGCCAGCCGUUAUCCAUGAAUCAUUGAGCAAAGAUGACGAGAUCAAACGAGUCAUUACCAAAAAUUUGGAUGACACUCCACAAUGUACUUUAUGCCAUUUUGUUGUGUCGUAUUUGGAUGCCGUCUUACAAUCUAAUAAAUCGGAAGCAGCAGUUGAAGCGGCACUGGAAAAAGUGUGUAGUAUUCUUCCAAGUAAAGAACGUGCUCAAUGCACUGAAUUUGUUAAAACUUAUGGACCAGUUCUUGCUGAAUUAAUUGCUGAAAUGGCCGAUCCGGAUACGAUUUGUCGUUAUCUUGGAAUGUGUCAAGUUUCACUGCCAGCAGAAACAACCACGACAGCAAAACCUGCACCAAUUACGUAUGGAAAUCACGACUAUGUGCGUUUACCAAAUGUACGCAGCGAGACCACCUGUACAAUCUGUCAAUUUAUUUUCUCACGGGUGAAACGUUUAGUUGCUCUCAAUCAAACUGAAGAAGAGAUUAUCGCCGCUCUGAAGAAAUCGUGUGAUUCAUUUGCUAUUAUUGGCCUCAAACAACAAUGUGAGGAUUUUGUUAAUCAAUAUGGCCCAUAUAUUGUUCAAAUGGUAUCAAGCGAUAUCGAUCCAAAAGUUGCCUGUCAAAGCCUGAAACUUUGUGCCACCAAUUCGCAACUAUCAUCAACAUCGACACGUCGCCAAUCAACUCCUCCAACUCCAGCGUCAACCAAAACACCUUAUGGCAAAUGUAUCUUCGGUAUGAAUUAUUGGUGUACAAGUCGUCAAAAUGCUAUAUUAUGCAACGCUGUUGAAUUGUGUGAAAAGAACGUAUGGUCGAAGCAAAAUAAAAACAUCGUUAUUUAA